UAAACGGGUCGCCACUAAGCAGAGCUGACCUUCGAUCCGUUAAUAUAAACUUGUGUGAUAUGUGCGUUAUCCUAUCGGCGAAGGUUCCAAGCAGCGAAGACCCUACGCUAGCCGACAAAGAAGCCAUUUUAGCAUCGCUAAAUAUCAAAGCUAUGACGUUUGAUGAUACAAUAGGUGUUUUAACCAACCAUUCAAGCAAUCAAGAGGGAUUUCCCCCACUUGGAAGUCCUGUGGCACUACAAAGACGAGGAUCUGUUUAUGGAACCAAUGUUCCUCUCAUCACAGAGUUAGUAAACGAUUCCAAUGUCCAGUUUCUGGACCAAGAUGACGAUGAUGACCCUGACACAGAACUCUACUUGACUCAACCCUUUGCUUGUGGGACUGCUUUUGCCGUUAGUGUGCUAGAUUCUCUAAUGAGCACAACGUAUUUCAAUGCUAAUGCCUUGACACUGAUACGCUCGCUGAUCACUGGAGGAGCAACUCCCGAGCUAGAACUCAUCCUGGCAGAGGGCGCUGGAUUACGUGGCGGCUACUGCACUCAACAGACGAUAAUCAACAGAGAUCGUUGUAGAGUUGGUCAAAUUUCACUAUAUGAUGGACCUUUGGCUCAGUUUGGGAUCCCCUUUCCAGUGUCUCAGUGUCAACUUUGA